AUGGAUUCUUUUGAGGGCAAUGCAGCAUUGUGUGGACAUCCGAGGUUCCAUGUCCGAAUUUGUCCUGCAGCUUCUUCUCACAAAUCAAAGUGGAAGAGGGUGAAACCAGCUUCAUUCAUUGCUUUUGGAGUUGUGGCCGUCAUUUCAAUUGCUUCUUUGGGUUUGAUAAUAUUUGUUAGAUACAAAAGGAAAGAUGAGACUAGUGAAGAAGUUGAUGAGGAAAUACCCAUUAUGUCGGAAAGAAUCUCUUACUAUGAACUGCUGCAAGCAACUGAUCAGUUCAGUGAAAGGAACUUGCUUGACACCGGGAGCUCUUGCUCUGUCUACAAAGGGAUUCUUAGCAGUGGGAAGGUUGUCGCUGCCAAGGUGUUCAACAUGCAAUUGGAAGGCAUUUCAACGAGAUUCAGCGUUGAAUGUGAUAUACUUGGUGGCAUUCGACACAGGUGUCUGACCUGUGUCAUAAGUUGUUGUUCCAACGACGAGUUCAAAGCCUUAGUACUUGAAUAUAUGCCCAAUGGGAGCCUUGAGAAAUGGUUACAUUCUGACAAUCAUUGCUUGAACUUCACGGAAAGAUUGAAUAUAAUGAUCGACGUUGCAUCUGCUUUGGAGUAUCUUCACCAUGGCUAUUCGACGCCUAUUGUUCACAGCGACUUGAGGCCUAGUAAUGUGCUUUUAGAUGAAGCCAUGUGA